GGGACAGUCCCCGCCCCGAGCCCGGAGCCCGCAGUGUUGGGCGGAGGUGGAGGUGCGCGUCUGGGCCCCAGGCUUCCGGGUGCGGACCCCUGUAGCCGAGGAGGGCACUGAGGCCGGCGGACGCUGGAGGAGAGCGACCCAGGGUUACCGAGCCAGUGAGAGCCGAGCGCGCUCCCCGCGGCCCCCCGAGAGCCCAUGCUGCCACACGUCCCCCAGCCCUAAGGGAGAUUCACGGCCGCCCUCUCUGCGCAGCCCCUGCCCAGGCCUGGGGCAUCCCCGCCCGCCGGCCCGGAACCUGACUUACGGGGCCCGCGCUGUGGACCCCGGGAGUCCUUCAGGCCCCGCCCAAGCGCCCCGCCCUAUCGCUGCUGGGCGGGGGCCCUUUGCUCUCCACGGCGAGAGGAGGGAGGGAGGGAAGCCUCAGAGGCCAGGCCGGGGACCGCCAGGCCCCGUCCGAGCGCGUCUUCCAAAGCACCCCUGCAGGCUCCGGCUGAGCACUGAGCUACUGCCCUCCCUUCACCUCCGGGGCAGCCAGAGCUGGGCCUCAAGUCCAGCAGGACCCUGGAAUACAUCUGGGAUCCACAGUCGCCUGCUGGAGCUGCCCAGGGGAGGGCAGGGCAGCAAGGAUGGGGCCACUAUCCUCUGGGUCUAUGUCGAGAACUGGCUGCCAGUCUCCUAUGUCCCCUAUUAUCUCCCCUGCCCAGAGAUCUUCAACAUGAAGCUGCAGUACAAGGGGGAGAAGCCCUUCCAGCCAGUGGCACGGCCACAGUACCCUCAGCCCAAGCUGCUGGAACAGAGGCCCACAGAGCUGCUGACACUCACGCCCUGGCUGGCACCCAUUGUGUCCGAGGGAACCUUCAACCCUGAGCUUCUGAGACACAUCUACCAGCCCCUGAACCUGACCAUCGGGCUCACCAUGUUUGCUGUGGGGAGGUACACCAGCUUUGUCCAGCCCUUUCUGGAGUCAGCCGAGCAGUUCUUCAUGCAGGGUUACUGGGUGUGUUACUACAUCUUCACCGACAGCCCCGCGGCUAUUCCUCGGGUCCCGCUGGGCCCUGGCCGCCGCCUCAGCGUCCUCCACAUCCAGAAGUACUCCCGCUGGGAGGAGAUCUCCACACGCCAGAUGGAGAUCAUCAGCCAGCACAUUGCCGAAACGGCGCACCGGGAGGUGGACUAUGUCUUCAGUGUCAAUGUGGACAUGGUAUUCCAGAACCCGUGGGGCCCUGAGACCCUGGGGGACCUGGUAGCUGCCAUUCACCCAGGCUACUACUCUGUACCCCGCCGGCAGUUCCCCUAUGAGCGCAGGCCCUCUUCGACUGCCUUUGUAGCAAACAGUGAGGGGGACUUCUAUUAUGGUGGGGCGGUUUUUGGGGGUCGGGUGGCCAGUGUGUACGAGUUUACCAGGGGCUGCCACAUGGCCAUCCUGACAGACAAGGCCAACGGCAUCAUGGCAGCCUGGCAGGAGGAGAGCCACCUGAACCGCCGCUUCAUUUCACACAAACCCUCCAAAGUGCUGUCCCCCGAGUACCUCUGGGAUGGCAGGAGGCCCCAGCCACCCAGCCUGAAGCUGAUCCGCUUUUCUACACUGGACAAGGAUACCAGCUGGCUGAGGAGCUGACAGCAAAGCCAGUGCUGCCAUGGUCGGGGACCACAGUCCCUGCAGCCUGCUCACCCCAGUGGGGCCCCCAGCAUAUCCCAGCAGAGCCACCUGGCGUCAUGCCUCACUUCUUGCCCACCUCUCAGUCUGUUAGCAGAAUCCAGUGAGAAGAUGGAUGUGGAAAGGCCUCUGUAAACCGUAAAGGGCUGUACCCACAUGAGAACACAUAGAUCACACAGUACCACAUGUAUGAAUGGUCGGGCAGGAGGGAGGCAGGCUAGAGGCUGAAGCAGAUGGGCCUGACCUAGCAGAUGUGCCUUUGGGGCAGGCUCUGGAGUCAGCCCCACUCAGUGUCUGAAAUCCCACUCCUGACACCCCUUUGUUGCCUAUUUGCCCUUAAAGUUGCACUUCUAACACCCUUAUAUGAAAGGCGGCCCAGACCCCUUUUCUCUGGCUGUGAUGUGCCCCAGCCACAUGGAGCCAGUUCCUUACUCAGGACCCCAGAAUGAGCCUUUGCAAUGGAGGGGGUCUAGGCUCUGUCUGGUUUCAAGGCCAGCCUGCACCCCACGGUGGACCACACACCCUGGCACCAGCUACCUCCUUUGUAAGAGGGUUUGGGGCAGCUGUUAAUAAAGGUGUGUGCUAGACUCUAACCAGG